AUGCACAACUCAAAAUGCUCCCUUGAGGCCAUCUCCAGUUUUGGGUCCAACAUGUCCAGCGACUGCCCCGAAUCCUCUCUACUCUGUGGAAUGAACAUCUCUCUGCUUCAUAACGUCAGCCCUGCGCUCCUGGAUGAGCUGUGUUUGAGUGAGAAGGAGUACCUGGCUCUCCACUUGGGGCCACUGCGAUCUCCUCUCUUUGCUCCGGUCUGUAUCACAUACCUGAGCAUCUUCCUGGUGGGCGUCGUGGGUAACUCCUUGACUUGUGCUGUCAUUUUUCAGUACAAAGUCAUGCAGACCCCCACAAACCUGUACUUAUUGAGCCUCGCUCUGUCAGAUUUGCUUGUGCUCCUCGUGGGGAUGCCCUUGGAGUUGCUGGAGCUGUGGCAGAGCUACCCUUUCCCGUUAGGAGAGGCUGGGUGUUACUUCAAGACCUUUCUAUUUGAGACCGUUUGCUUUGCAUCGGUUCUCAAUGUCACAGCCUUAAGUGUGGAGAGGUACAUAGCAGUGGUGCAUCCAUUAAAAGUGAAGAGCCUUUCGACCCGGGCGCAUGUGAAGAAGGUGAUUGUUCUGCUCUGGGUCAUGUCAAUGGUCUGUGCCGUGCCCAACACGAGUCUGCACGGGAUUCUCUUUCUGCCUCCCGUGUUCGGACGCCAAUUUCCCCGUUCUGCAAUGUGCUAUCUGGUGCAGCCCACUUGGAUGUACAAGCUGACCAUCCUGGUGACUGCGCUGGUCUUCUUCCUGCUCCCGGUACUGGUCAUGGGGGUGCUGUACCUCCUGAUCGGCCUCACGCUCUCCAGGGAGAGGACUCACUGCUCCACCACAUCUGGUGCCAUUAGCGUGUCCGAGGCCCACAUGCAGAGGCUGAAUAAUCGCAAUGUGCAAGUGACCAAAAUGCUCUCUGUCCUGGUGGCGGUGUUCGGGGUGUGCUGGGUCCCCUUCCAUGUGGACCGCCUCAUGUGGAGCUUCCUCGACACCUCGUCCCAACUGCACCUCAUGAUAUUUGAGCCGGUGCAUGUGGUGUCGGGCGCCUUCUUCUACCUGAGCUCUGCGGUCAACCCGGUCCUCUACAGCCUCAUGUCCACACGCUUCAGAGAAAUGUUCAAUCACCUGACCCGUCCACAACACAGCUGGCCCGACCGCUUCAGCUUCAGCCAGCGGAGCACUCUCAGCCAGAAGGCCUCCAGCACUUACAGGGGCCCACACAAUACAGCAUAUCCACUGGACACAUUUUCAUUCAUUUAUCCUGCUUUUUGCCAUUUGUCAACAUGA